UAACAUUUCCAUUCAUGCACCAUGCGCUUCAUAUGCCUUUUUAAAAUAACUCAUUGUCAUCCAAACGACUUUGAAUAGACAGGAACAUUUAUUAAAAUUGGGGAAUAAUUAAACUGAAAGACGACUGUCAGUGACAACAUAACGACAGGGCCCGUUGAACAUUUAUCGGCCCUCACUGUCCUAUGAACAUGUUUCAGACAGUCCCUGACACCUCGUCUUACGUCAAGGUAAGACAACAUCGUCUCGUCGAACAGGAGGCACUGUCAGUGGUGAGUGAAGACCAGUCCCUGUUCGAGCCUCCCUACGCUGCUGCCGCCCCUCUACCCAAGACAGACAUGACUGCAUCCGGCACACAGGACUACGUCCAGCCCCACAAAAUCAACCCGUUACUGCCGCAGCAAGAGUGGAUUAACCAGCCAGUUCGAGUCAGCGUCAAGAGAGAGUAUGACCACAUCAAUGGAUCCAGAGAGUCCCCAGUGGACUGCAGUGUGGGGGUUAAAUGCAAUAAACUGGUGGGGGGCAACGACACAUCUCAGUUGAGUUACGGAAGCUACAUGGAUGAGAAGAAUGCUCCGCCCCCCAACAUGACCACCAAUGAGAGGAGAGUAAUUGUCCCUGCAGACCCAUUACUAUGGUCUCAGGAUCAUGUCCGCCAGUGGCUGGAGUGGGCCAUCAAGGAGUAUGGUCUGCUGGAGAUGGACACAACCAUGUUCCAGAACACAGAUGGCAAGGAGCUGUGCAAGAUGAAUAAGGAUGACUUCCUACGACUCACAACCAUGUACAACGCUGAAGUCCUGCUCUCUCAUCUCAAUUACCUCAGGGAAAGUAGCUCAUCAUUAUCUUACAAUACUCCAUCUCACGCGGACCCAUCUCCUCGCCUGGCUGCCAAAGAAGACCCCUCAUAUGAUGCAGUGCGACGGACAGGAUGGUCAAACAACAUGCACAGUGGCAAAGCCUCACCGGUGGUCACACAGAACGUGUCCAAGUCUGCUGAACAGCCCAGACCUCAGCCAGAUCCGUAUCAGAUCCUGGGGCCCACCAGCAGUCGACUGGCCAACCCAGGUUCUGGACAGAUACAGCUUUGGCAGUUCCUGUUGGAGCUCCUAUCGGACAGUGCCAAUGCCGGCUGCAUCACCUGGGAGGGCACCAACGGAGAGUUCAAGAUGACCGAUCCAGACGAGGUGGCACGGCGCUGGGGCGAGAGGAAAAGCAAGCCCAACAUGAACUAUGACAAACUUAGCCGCGCCCUGCGCUACUAUUACGACAAGAACAUCAUGACCAAGGUGCACGGCAAGCGCUACGCGUACAAGUUUGACUUUCAUGGCAUCGCCCAGGCGCUGCAGCCACAUCCCACUGAGUCCUCCAUGUACAAGUACCCCUCAGACCUGGCAUAUGUGCCCUCCUACCACGCCCACCAGCAGAAGGUCAACUUCGUGACCCCACACCCCUCCUCCAUGCCGGUCACUUCUUCUAACUUCUUUGGACCCACUGCGCCGUACUGGAGCUCCCCUACAGGAGGCAUUUACCCCAAUCCCAGUGUACCCCGCCACCCAAACUCCCACGUACCCUCCCACCUGGGCAGUUAUUACUAAAGCCUACAAUAUCAUGACGUCUUCCCACGAUCUGCCCUCCUCUCCGCAGAACCAAACCCACCAGCGCUGACCUGCACUUACAAUGAGACCAAAACAAGUAAGACAGAGAGAAUGGGGGGACUCUCCUCUACCCAAAGUCUGCUCUCAACUGGCAAAAUGAAGGAUUUUCUAAGAGUAAAAAGUGUGACGCUAUGAUCCAAAAAGGAGUACUAAUUAUUAAGAGGACAAAUGAGUUUCCAUGUGUUUUACAUGUGUAUUAUUUUUAUGCCUUUCUGUCCUCUGAAAGCUGCACCAUAGGCCACUUCAGAAUGCCCCCACAAUCUGGACACGCUUACCCACACAGACACAAAGUUAUUGAGAAACCAUAGAGGCCUAAUAUCUCUGACAUGGACCCAUUCACUAUGGGUCUCAAUCUCCAUUCCCUUCAUACAGUAAAGCUUCUGCUUUGUUUUUUGUUGGAGUACUGUCUGGGGUCUCAGAUUCACAUCUUUUCUGUCUGAUAUAUUUUUUUUAAUCAUUCUGUCUAUUAUUUAUGUGUGGGGAGCGUCAACUGGAACUUUGGGGGGAAGGGCUCCAGAGACUAGGACUUCUCAGCACUGAAUUAAAAUGAAAUUUUGGCAACUGGAAUAUGCCAUUAAUUCACACUUAACUUAUCCUCCAAACUGGAAGUAGGUGAGAUGGAAACCAGAGUUGGAAGUGAAGCGCUGUAGCUAUGUUUUCAGGGGGCCUCUCACCAGUUGGUUUUUGUUAUAUGCUGUUUGUGUAUUUCAGCUGUUGGUUUAUUCAAUUCCGAUAUGUUUUUUUCCAGACCAAGUCAGUAUUAAUGUGAAUGCCCUAUGUUCUAUGGAACACAUCCUCCAUUUGACAAUCACAUUUGUUUCCAGAAAAACUAACUAUAUCUCUUUUAUCCCUGCCAGUCAAGUGUUUUAGACAUGGAGUGACUUACCAUAGCACUAAGUCAUGUCAUAUCAGUCCUCAUUGUCUAUGUCCAUUUAUAUAGCACUGCCAUUUCCAAAAGUGCCUUUUCAGAUGUUUAAAAAUUGUUGUAUGAAAGAAGCAAGUGUAUUUAAACAGCUGAAACUGUACUUUAGCCUCAGUACUUUUGAAAAUAAAUGGUUUACAAGAUCUAAUUAAUCCGGUAAACUAAUAAAAGGAUGAAAACAGAGAAAUCCUCAGAUUCGCGAAUGCUGUGCGUUCGUCAGACCUAUUUUCUAUUAUUUUGUAAACAUCGGUCAACUAGGCAUUUAUGCAACUUACUGUAUAAAUUAUGCAGAGUUAUUUUCAUAUGUGACACAGUAUUAAAAAGUCAAGAGAAUUAAUACGAGUUGACCUCGGUCAAAAAUGCAAACAUUUUCUAAGUCCGUUACUGAUAUGUAGUAUGUUCAAACUUUUUAAACGUUUUAUAUCUGUACAUUUGGGCAAUACAAUGUUUUUAUUAUAAUUUUUUUUUAUGUGUUAUGUCCUCAGUGCCUUGCAGUGAACACAAAACCACAAAUGCCUGCUUGAAUCAUAAUAGUAAUCCUAUACCUAUAGUAAAUCUGUUAUUCAGUAUAUAUCAUGAUUAUGGUUACUUUGAAUUCUAAAAAAGGCCAAAAACACUUUCCAUGCCUUAUAUCAUUAAGCCAACCCAACAGAAAUUGGCAGCUUUAGUCUGUGCCUUCAAACGGGCCAGGUGUAUAAUGCAAAUGAGAGCAGACACCCCCAUCAUUUACAUUAGGAAUAUCUUGAAGCUCCAUUGCUUUAGAUUAGUUUGAAAUAAAGGGAAUAUGUUAAAUGUAGCAUGACGUUAAUAAUCUUAAUUGUACCCUUUACGUCCAAAUCUCAAAAAUGUUCAAUGAAUGGGGAACUGUGCUACUUCAUAUAUGCAAUGUAUUUUGGAUAUUAAAUAUAUAAAUAUUAUUGAAUUUUGCAAUUAACCAUUGUAUUUUUAUUGUAAUUCCUGCAAUUUAUUAAAGGGAUAGUUCAGGAUUUUGGUAAUAAGGGCAUUUAUCUACUUAACCAAAAUCAAAAGAACUGUGUAUGUCUCUGGGGACAGUUUGAAGGAAGUUGUCGAAAGUAUGCGUAAUGACUCACUAGUGAUUAAAGGCAUGUAAGCAUAUUCUUGUAAAAAAAAGUAACUUUCUUCAUACUGGACAGAUACAUAGAAAGGUAUCCACUAGCGCAUGUGUCACUGGGGCAGUAGAUAAAAGUCCUCAUUUCAAAAAUGCUCUGAUAUCCUUUUAUGUAAAACCUUUUUAAAAGGGCUAUUGUAUAGGAAGAAAUGUGACAAAAUAAAUGUUUUUAUUUCUGAACAUAC